CAUUUAAUACAAUUCUCAACGCUUUUGUUUGAAAAUGUUUUAUUGAAAACUUUUUAAAACUGCUGUGUUUUGACUAAGUAAUUGCUGUGCAUAUUGCCAUUGCCUUACAAUUUGACUUUGCUUCAGCGUCGCUUGCAACAUGAGUUUACCCACCGGCGUGGAUAUGCAGAAUCUAAUGUCGCAGCAUCCAGUUUUAGGCGCUUUGCCGCCCGCCUUCUUUCUGCGCGCCGCCUCGGAGCGCUACCAGCGAACACCGAAAUGUGCGCGCUGUCGCAAUCAUGGCGUGGUUAGCGCGCUCAAAGGACACAAGCGUUAUUGCCGUUGGCGUGAUUGUGUUUGUGCGAAAUGCACUUUGAUUGCGGAGCGACAACGCGUUAUGGCCGCACAGGUUGCGCUGCGUCGCCAGCAAGCGCAAGAGGAGAACGAGGCGCGCGAAUUGGGCCUACUCUACACCAACGUGCCGCCGGGCCAGUCGAAUGGCGUGGAUGGCGGCGGCGGUGGCGGUGGCGGCGGUGUGGUCACACCAAAUCAGCACAGUCCCGCGCCACCGAUGACCAAUGCUGCCGCCUUUCAUCCCGGCAUACCGUCACCGCCCAGCGACGGUCUGGACACCAGCAACGGUCAGCGCAUACAGUAUAACGGCAAUGAAUCAGACACGGAUGUGCGUAUGCGUUCGUCGGAGCCGCUGUCGAUGGGUUAUUCGCCGGAUCGCAGCACCGAAGUGGAGAGUCCAG